UUACAUCUGUGGAAGACGUUAUGUAUGUGGAUUGUGCUAGGGUGGUUUCUGAACGGAUUUUUGUGAAAUGGCGAAUUUGUGAUUCUUGUGGAUCAAUUUAUAUUUUAUUUGAAUAACAAUUUUAUAUGGAAAAUAUGCAGUAUUGUGAACUAUAUCAUUCUGUGAAUUGUAUUUAAAAUAAACCAUAUCUGUUAGUAACUCUGUUCAUAAUAUGAUACACGGAACCAGUUGAUUGCAUUUUUGUCAAGUGUUAGGUUUCCUCGCGAAACAAAAUCUACAUAGGAUAUAACUAUGAAUAAUAACUGUGGUGGAGUUGGGGCUGGAGCAGUUGGCGGAGGAGGUGGUGCUUAUGAUGCUAAGAUAGCCGGCUUGUACGACCUGCUCGACACUCUCGGCUCAGGGCACUUUGCAGUGGUCAAACUAGCCCGCCAUGUCUUCACUGGGGAAAAAGUUGCUGUUAAAGUUAUUGAUAAAAGUAAACUGGAUGAUGUUUCUAAAUCACAUUUAUUCCAAGAGGUUCGCUGUAUGAAGUUAGUCCAGCACCCUAAUGUAGUGCGUCUGUAUGAAGUUAUAGACACACAAACUAAACUAUAUUUAAUACUAGAGUUAGGCGAUGGUGGUGACUUAUAUGAUUAUAUUAUGAGACAUGAAUCUGGUUUGUCUGAAUCUCUUGCUCGUGAUUACUUCCGUCAAAUUGUUCGUGCAAUUUCAUAUUGUCAUAGGUUACAUGUUGUGCAUCGAGAUUUGAAACCAGAAAAUGUAGUAUUCUUUGAAAAACUAGGUGUAGUGAAAUUAACUGACUUUGGAUUUAGUAAUAAGUUUUGUCCUGGUCAGAAAUUGGAAACUUCAUGUGGCUCUUUAGCUUAUUCAGCCCCAGAAAUUCUUCUUGGUGACUCGUAUGAUGCACCUGCAGUUGAUGUGUGGUCACUGGGAGUGAUACUAUACAUGCUUGUAUGUGGCCAGGCUCCCUUUCAAGAAGCUAAUGACAGUGAAACAUUGACUAUGAUUAUGGAUUGUAAAUACACUAUUCCUCAACACAUAUCCAAUUCAUGUAAAAGGCUUAUAGGUAGAAUGUUAGUAAGGGAACCAGAAAAACGAGCCACUUUGUCGGAGAUAGCCACUGAUCCAUGGGUUACUGCUGGUGAAGGGGUCACAGUCGAGGACUUUGACACUCCUUUAGUGGCUAAGGAACAGCUUUCUGAAGAUGAUCGCUCAGCUAUAGUUCAAAGAAUGGUGAAUGGCACCAUUGCAUCCAAAGAGCAGAUCUUGGAGGCUCUAGAGAAAAAUGAAUACAAUCACAUUACAGCUACCUAUUAUCUUUUGGCUGAAAGAAAACUAAGAUCUAAAAGACAAGAGGCGACACUGCGAGCUCGGCGGCCCGAGGCGCUGAGCGUGGCCCGCGCCAGCCCCGCCGCCGCGCCCGCGCCCGCGCCGCAGCGCUGCCUGCUGGCGCCGCCGCUCUCCGCCGCGCCGCGCACCCCGCAGGACGUGCCGCCGCGUUCCCGGAAGUGCAGUAUCGUCCGCGAAGAAGAAGAUGACGAGGAGGGCGCCGUCGCCGGCGGCUGCGGCGGGCGCGUGGUGGACGCGCGGCGCGGCUCGCGCUCCGAGGGCCGCCUGCACCUCGCCGCCCGCGCCGCGCACCCCGCGCCGCCCGCGCAGCCCGCGCCGCGCUCCGCCCACCUCGCCGAUAACCUCACCAAGGUGAACUUGGAUGACGAAGGCAGUGCGGAAUCGACGGCGCGCGGCGCUCCGCCGCCGGCGCCCCCGCCCGCUCGCCGACAGCGCCUCGAGUGCCGCCGGCGCCGCGCCCGCGCCGGCUCCUGUUCCUCCUCAGAUCUGUCCGACGACGAUUCCGAAAAAAAGAAGCGCGCCGCGGAACACGCUGACGGACCGCCGGAGCGCGCUCGCCGCGACUCGCACGACGACUCCAGCGACAGCCAGGAGCGCGGCGGCGGCGCCGGGCGCUGGGCGGCGGGCGGGCGGCGCGCGCCGGCCUCGGCGCCGGCGGCGGCGGAGCGCGGCGGCGGCGGCGCGGCGGGCGACGGGCGGGCGGGCGGCGGGCGCGGCUGGGGCCGGCGGCGGCGGGCGGCGCAGGAGUCGCGGCUGCGGGAGUCGCGCUCGCUGAACCGCAUCGCGGAGGUGGAGGAGGCGAGCGGCGGCGCGCGGUGGGCGGGCGGCGGGCUGGUGGCGCUGUGCGGGCGGCCGCUGCUGCGCCUGCUGGCGGCGGCGCGGCCCCCGCCGGCCACGCGGCGGCUGCACGGCCUGUGCUAGCCGCGUGCCCGCGACCGCGCUGCUUAGGGCCGACGCCUCAUGUUCCCGCCGAUCGUCGUCUUUUUGGGCAGUUUUGGAGAUUAUUUAUUCCGCCGGCGGUCCCUGCGAUAUCACCACCGCUCGAUCGACGGUGAUCGAUUUCCGGAUAUUUAUUUGAAGUACCAUUGAUGGACAUUUUGUGCCCUAGUCGUCGCUACUUUAAUCGCGUCUAGAGGAAAAGUAUUAUCGUCCGAGUUAUCAUCGAAGUGAAUAAGAAUUAAAAGCUGUAAACGGAAUUCUACUAUCUCAAAAUAAGAGACCGUCGUUAUCGGUUUUAUGCUGUCUGGUAUUUGAAAUGUUUUUACUCAUUGUAUUUUUAUAAAGAAAAUCCUAACAGGUAAACAGGGUUUCAAAUGGUUCAGUUUAAGCGUAAAUUCAAAUUCAUGAGCGAUAAUGGUAACACGAUAACGAAGGAUAACAAACUGUUUUACUUCUAGUAGUACAUUAUCUAUUGACUGAUUCACUUUCAUUAUCAUGAUUAUUCUUGACUAUUCGAAAUAUGUAACAGGGUUUUAAAUAUUUGUUUGAUCAACCAAAAAGUUUUAUCUCAUCACUCACUUCACUACUGUUUUACACCUUACACCUUGAAAUGACUGCCGGAGUUUAUAUAAUACUGGUUUUGUUUGUACCAUAUUUAUGACAGAUACAAGUAAUCAAAUACCACCAACACAACUUGUAGCUAUAUCAUUGUACCUACAUCUCUUAUCGCCCAUCAAAACUCACUUGACUCACAUUCAAAAGUACACCCUCCUUGUUUCUAAUACAUAUGGUUACAAUAGCUUGUAGCCUUUUCAAAAUUUAAUGAUAACAUCGCGACUUCAUAUCAUCGAAUAAGUACUUAUUUCGAUUGCUACCAUUUUUACUAAUAAGACCAUUGUACAGCUUGAGACAAACAAUUAGAAAGAGUUGCUGAUUGCUGUUGUUGAGGACACGCGCUCCUCGUUUAGAACUCUCACAUGUUCGACGCGGGGAGCGGGACUUUUUAUUUUUAGGGUUCCGUAGUCAACUAUUUAAAUAUGCCAUGUCUGUCGGUCUGUCUGCGGCUUAGCACAGAGACUCUACGUACUAGGAUGCUUAAAUAUGGAAUACACAAUAUUUAACGACAAAAAUAAACUUAAUUACCUAUGGCACUUUGUGCUAAGUCCCCACGGCUACAAAUCAUCCUGCAUAAAACUAGUUUAAGCUGACUGUUCAAUUUAUAGAAAGAUCAUAAUAUAAAUCAAAUCCAAGACAAAGAGAUUUUUAUAGCUUGAUGUUUAACCGUGUGUACAUGAUUCGGAGUAGCUCAUUGGAAAUAAAAACUAAAACCCGUUUUGAUGGCGAUAUUAAUUUUUAUACGGAGAGUUAUUUAAUAAAUUCCUCCAAAAGUAAUAUUUUCACUUAACUAUAGAUCUUAUGUUUAUUUUGUUAUUUAUAUUAUUUACCUUCAUCAAAACAACAAAAUAUUUUGACUUCAUUAUUUUUGACACAAAUCGGUUUCUGUCGUGCAUGCUUAUGUUUGAUAGGUUUCACGUUUCUCAAUCAAUUGAAAGUUUUACGGAACCACACACUUACUUACAACUGGUUUUGCAUCCUUAAUUGACUCUCAUAAUUAAAAUAUAAUAUAAUCUAAUUGUAAAGGGUUACUAUCUGGCUUACCUUCAUUGUACAAGGUUUUAAUUGCCAAUAUAGCUAUAUCAUAACCAGAAAAAAAAAUUGAAAUAUAAAUAUACAUUGUAUCUUUCUCGUACUAAUUAUUAGAUCCCUUCUUUAAUACUUAGAUUUUUGUAAUAUUUAUACGCAAACUGGUAAAAAAUUAAGCUCUUAGAUCAUUAGAGGUUUUUGUUAUAAUAAUCGUUAGGUUUUGUCGCCAAAAAUUAUAAGCAGCGCAAGAGCUUAGAAUUUUAUCCAACACUGUGUAUUUUAAGCACAUAUGUUUUGAAUUUGACUUACGAAAUAUUUUUUACAUAAUUUUCUUAAGACUUCCUGUAUCUGUAUAUUUUACUACCUCGUAUUCCAGAAUGUUAUUUAUUUCUAUGUAGGUAUAGAUAGACCUUUAAAAAGCAUAAAAA